AUGGUGUCCCUGGAUCGGGUAAAGGUACUGGUGUUGGGAGACUCAGGUGUCGGAAAAUCUUCACUAGUUCAUCUUCUUUGCCAGAAUCAAGUGUUGGGAAAUCCAUCAUGGACUGUGGGCUGCUCAGUGGAUGUCAGAGUUCAUGACUACAAAGAAGAAACCCCAGAAGAAAAGACCUAUUAUAUAGAAUUAUGGGAUGUUGGAGGCUCUGUGGGCAGUGCCAGCAGUGUGAAAAUCACAAGAACGGUGUUUUAUAACUCUGUAAAUGGUAUAAUUUUGGGGCUGGAGAGAUGGUUCAUCCAUGACUUAACAAAUAAAAAGUUUUCUCAAAACUUGUAUCGUUGGUCACUCAAAGUUCUCAAUCGGGACUCAAUGCCAACAGGAGUCUUGGUAAUGAAUGGGGAUUAUGAUCAGAAAAAGUUUGCUGAUAACCAAAUCCCACUGUUGGUAAUAGGAACUAAACUGGACCAGAUUCAUGAAACCAAGUGUCAUGAAGUUUUAACUAGAACUGCUUUCCUGGCUGAGGAUUUCAAUGCAGAAGAGAUUAAUUUGGAUUGCACAAAUCCACGAUACUUAGCUGCAGGAUCUUCCAAUGCUGUCAAGCUCAGUAGGUUUUUUGAUAAGGUCAUAGAGAUGAGAUACUUUUUAAGAGACAGUAAUCAGAUUCCAGGCUUUCCUGAUAGGAAAAGGUUGUUGGGAGGAACAUUUAAGAAUCUUCAUUAUGACUGAAUUACACUCAUCCUUUGGAAUAAUAAGAAAGAAGACAGUGG